UUAACCAUCAAUUAAAAGCAGCACCACCCACCAUGGAUAUGUCCCAGAUCAGCCCGGCCGACCAGGCCAAAGUACAGCUCAUGCAAGAAAUGGAAAUUGAAAUGAUGUCCGAUUUAUAUAACCGCAUGACAAACGUGUGCCACAAGAAGUGCAUUCCACCGCGCUAUUCGGAGUCGGAGUUGGGAAAGGGUGAGAUGGUCUGCAUCGACCGCUGUGUGGCCAAGUACCUGGACAUUCAUGAGAAGAUUGGCAAGAAGCUGACGGCCAUGUCCAUGCAGGACGAAGAACUCAUGAAGAAAAUGUCCAGUUAAUGCGUUUACACACAAAACACCUGUCAUAUUGGCACCAUUUCCUACUUAACCAAAUCGUAUUGUUUCCUGUUUCCUGUUCCCCUACCGGCUAGAGCUCGCCCAGAGUGCAUUUCGAGCGGUACGAUAUGUUGUUAAAGGUGCAUGUACAAACACACAAAUCUUAACAAUAAAUAACACAUUUAUGCGUGCUGUGUAAUACUGAAAA